AUGCCGAUUAUGCAACCUAGUAAUCAGAUUAAAUUCACCAAUGUAUCAGUGGUGAGGUUGAAAAAAGGGAAAAAACGAUUCGAACUCGCCUGCUACAAGAACAAACUCUUAGAAUACCGCUCCGGCGCCGAGAAAGAUCUUGACAAUGUCCUACAAGUGCCUACCAUCUUCCUCUCCGUUUCGAAAGCACAAACCGCCCCGUCUGCGGAGAUAGCCAAAGCGUUCGGUGCCAACACUCCCGCAGACGAGAUUCGACAGGAGAUCUUACGGAAAGGUGAAGUGCAGGUUGGUGAGCGUGAGCGAAAGGAGAUCAUCGAGCGAGUUGAGAAGGAGGUGUUGGAUAUUGUAUCGGGCAGGCUUGUUGACCCGACGACUAAGCGAGUCUACACGCCGGGAAUGAUCUCUAAGGCGUUGGAUCAGCUGAGCUCCGCGAGUGGACAGAUGCAACAAGCGCAGAGUCAGAACAACAAUGGGGAAGCAAGUGGUGCUGGAGAUGAGUCUCGCCCGGCGCAACCUCGGAAGCCACUCUGGACUGGUGUCACGCCCAACAAGUCGGCGAAAAUACAAGCCCUCGAAGCCAUGAAGGCACUCAUUGCAUGGCAACCCAUUCCAGUGAUGCGAGCACGGAUGCGCCUCCGCGUGACCUGCCCCGUGCCGCUUUUGAAGCAAACCGUCAAGUCUGCAGCACCAGCGGGCUUGAACAAAGAGAAAGAAGCUCCGUCGGGCGGCAACUCCAAAUCCAACAAGAAAGGCGGCAAAGGAUCGAAGAAGUCCGCCCGUCAACAAGAUUCCGAUGCUGAGGGUGGCUCUGACGCUGAACCCUCGCAGCCAAAGGCACCGACCAAUGUCAAGGACAAGAUUUUGAGCUUCAUCGAGUCGGUCGAGUCGCAAGAAAUUGCAGGUGAUGAGUGGGAGGUUGUUGGUUUUGCCGAACCAGGCGCGUUCAAGGGACUAAAUGAAUUUGUGGGCAACGACACCCGGGGCAGAGGACGAGUAGAAGUGCUGGAUAUGGCCGUUACUCAUGAAGACUAA